AAAAGCAUCAAAAGCCAUUACAGUACAACAAUUUAGAGCAGAUGACUUGGAUUCCAAAAAAUAGAGGUCAAAUUUUCUUCUCUCUCUCUUCCAUAGGAUUUUACGUAUUCUCAUAAUGAUGAAAAUCCACAAAGACCUUCUAUGUUGUUGCUUGGAUCUAACCCUCUUAUACCUAUCUCUACCAAUAUUUAAUUUGAUAUCCUUGGCAGCUACUAGUAAUGACUACGUUUCCUCUGAUAAAUUCCUGCUCAAUUGUGGGUCUCCAGAAUCUUCAGCAUUCAAUGGUAAGGAUUGGACUGGGGAUGUUGGCUCAAGCUACUUACCCUCAGAUUAUCAAACAACAUCGUCACUUUCCAAUUCCAUAGCCUCAAAUCCCUCAGUUCCCAAGAUUCCAUAUUUGUCUGCUCGCAUCUUUCAUUCACAGUUCACCUACACUUUCCCCGUCACUCCAGGUAACAAGUUCAUCCGCCUUUACUUUUAUUCGGCUCCUUAUUAUGAUUCAAGUCUCAACCCUUCCGAUGCUUGUUUUUCGGUUGUUAUUGCUGGUGGUUUCACUCUCUUAGACAACUUUCGCCCUUCUGCCACCGCAUACGCACUAAAAUCAGAUUAUUUCAGCAAAGAUUUUUCUAUUAACAUUAAGGAGAAGAAAUUGAGCAUCAUAUUCAUCCCAUCCCUAAUGGCUUCUAGUGCUUUAGCAUUCGUGAAUGGCAUAGAGAUCUUCUCAUUGCCAUUAAAUCUUUAUAUUCCAAAAGGAAAUGCAUCCAUUCGUUUCAUUGGCCAGAAAGAUCCCUUCUUUAAUCUUGAUGAAACUGCUUUUGAGAUACUUUAUCGUGUGAAUGUUCAACAUGAAUGGGAAAGUUCUGUUAGCAACAUAUUUGGAUAUUGGUUGGAUGAUUCCAAUUAUAUAUUUGGUCCUAUACCCGGUUUGUCUGUCUAUACUGAUAUUGGCUAUAUUACUUCUACUUAUAAUUUUUCGAACUAUACCGCACCGAAAGAGCUAUACAAUACCGCCCGUACAAUGGGUAGCAACGACGCCAUCAAUGUGAACCACAAUCUAACAUGGAUUUUCUCUGUUGAUUCUGGUUUCAAUUACUUUCUUAGGCUUCACUUUUGUGAGAUUUCAUCGCAAGUGACAAUGGUUAAUCAGAGGGUGUUCAAGGUUUAUAUUAACAAUCAGAUUGCAGAAAACAGCAUAGAUUUAAUUGCUUUGAAGGGGGCUCCGUACGUUGCCAUGUACAGAGACUACAUCACAAAGGUAUCGGAAAAAGGUGAAAUAAGGCUUGACCUCCAUCCCAACACAGACUCAAAACCCAAGUAUGCUGAUGCCAUCUUGAAUGGGAUUGAGAUCAUGAAAUUGAGCAACACCAACAAAAGUCUUGCAGCUCACCCUCAAAUGAUCAAUAAUACCAAAAAGAUGAAUGAGAAAGCUCGAACAAAGAAAAUCAUCAACGGAAUUGUUGUCGGUAGCGCCAUUCUUGGGUUCUGUCUUGUAAGCUUCAUAGCCUUCAAAUUGAGCAGGAGAUUCAACUUGGUGUCCCCAACCAUUCAUCAAUCUCAUACAAGAAACAACACGAGCGCAAGUCUACUAUCAUGGGCAUCGUCAGACCACUGUCGCCAAUUUUCACUAGUAGAGAUUAAAGUAGCCACCAACAACUUUGAUGAAGAUAUGGUUCUUGGAUCAGGAGGCUUUGGUAAGGUUUACAAAGGAUUCAUUGAUGAUGGUAUCACAAAAGUGGCAAUCAAGCGUGGAAACCCCAAAUCCCACCAAGGUGUUAGGGAGUUUCAAAAUGAAAUUGAACUACUUGCCAAAUUUCAACAUAUGCAUCUAAAAGGCUAUUGCCAAGAGGGUGUCGAGAUGAUCCUAAUUUAUGAGUAUAUGGCUCAUGGCACACUAUGCGAUCAUCUCUACAAGUCCCGGAAUCCACCUUUGCCAUGGAACCUAAGGCUCAAGAUUUGCAUUGGGGCUGCACGAGGACUACAUUACCUUCAUACAGGUGUAAAGUAUUCAAUCAUUCACCGCGAUGUGAAGACAGCCAACAUAUUGUUAAAUGACGAAUGGGUGGCCAAGAUUGCAGAUUUUGGGUUAUCAAGGAUAGGCCCCACCAGAGCUUCAUGCGAACACGUUUACACUGAGGUGAAGGGUACUUUCGGAUAUUUAGAUCCCGAGUAUUACAAGCAUCGUAAACUGACUGACAAAUCCGAUGUUUAUUCUUUCGGAGUGGUGUUGUUUGAGGUGUUGUGUGGAAGGCCUGCUGUGAAACAUGUGAUAUCAAUUGUAGAUGAUGAAGAUCAAGAGAGGACUUCCUUAGCUGAGUGGGCACUCCGUUGCUAUCAAAAUGGAACCAUUGAUCGGAUGAUUGACCAUCAUCUAAGAGGAAAGAUAGCACCUCAGUGUUUAACUGUGUUUGACGAUGUCGCAGUGAAGUGCAUGGCUGAAACAGGAUCUAAACGGCCAUCAAUGAGUGAUGUAUUGAGUAAUUUGGAGUUGGCAUUGCAGUUACAAGAGAUUGAUGCAGUUGCUAUGGACUGUUCUUCUCUCUAGCAUGUUACCAAUUAAUUCGAGGCAUUGUGCAUUUCAUUUUAAAGACAUGCAUGUAAAUUACAUUAGUUUGUCUAUUAAAUCUUACAAGUAAUUGAGAGCACACAAUCAGUCAAUUCCAUUA